UAUUGCACGGUCGUGGAAUUAAAAUUGAAACAUACGCUUUUCUCGAUGACGGUUCAUCAUUGACGUUGCUUGAUGAUGAUUUGGCAGUCGAACUGAAGCUUGAUGGUGUUGCACAUCCUCUUUGUUUAUAGUGGACAGCAGACACAUGCCGCUAUGAGGAGUCGUCACAAAAAGUGUCCUUACAGAUUUCUGGUGUACGUAAUCCUGAUAUACGAUAUAAACUUCCGACAGUACACAGUUGUUUGACAAACAACUAAAGCUUCCUCCUCAAACAUUGGAAUUUUCUGAACUAGUUGACAAAUACAAGUACCCUAAAGAAUUACCGAUUGACUCUUACACCAAUGUGCGCCCAUGGAUUCUAAUUGGAAUAAACAACUGGCGUGUUGGUCACGUUCUCGACAGCCGUGAAGGAAAAGAGUAUGAGCCUGUCGCAUCAAAAACUCGUUUGGGAUGGAUGGUAUAUGGCGUACAUAACAACGCCCAGUUUCAAGAAGAGUAUACCGCUCAUCACAAUUACCAUAUCAGCUCAAACUCCAGUCAAGUUGAUGACGAUUUACAUAACACUGUGAAGAGGUUCUUCGCGCUUGAUAGCAUCGGCAUAACUAAACCGGAUAAACUGAUAAUUUCCAAUGAGGAUGAACGCGCCUGGUCCAUGAUGCGCUCCAUUACCACUCUAGAGAAUGGACACUAUAAAACUGGACUCCUCUGGAAAUUCGACGACGUAAGACUGCCUGAUAGCAAGACAAUGGCACUUAGAAGAUGGCAGUGUCUGGAACGCAGGAUGACCAGAGAACCAGAGCUGGGUGCUGCACUCAGAGCAAAAAUGGAAGAUUAUUUGCGUAAAGGAUAUGCACGGAAGUUGACUACCGAAGAAUUGAGGCAACCAUAUGAACGCAUUUGGUAUUUGCCAAUAUUCCCGGUGUUCAACCCAAAUAAGCCGGGAAAACUCAGGAUCGUCUGGGAUGCUGCUGCUGCUGUAAACAGUAUUUCGUUGAAUUCCGUACUCAUGACGGGUCCAGAUCAGCUGACGGAACUCCCAGCGGUACUCUACAAAUUUCGCCAAUACCCGGUGGCCAUAGGAGGAGACGUGCGUGAAAUGUUUCACCAAGUACAAAUGAAUGAGGUGGAUCAGCAUUGUCAUCGAUUUUACUUUAGCAUCGAUAAGGAUCAAAAGGAACCCGACGUGUACAUUUUGCUUGUUAUGUCUUUCGGGGCGACAUGCUCACCCAGCCUUGCCCAAUUCGUUAAAAACGAAAACGCGGAACGUUUCCGGCGUCGCUUUCCAACCGCUGUGGACGUCAUCAUAAAGUCACAUUACGUUGACGAUAUGUAUACGAGUGUCCCCACCAAAGAGGAAGCAAUCGCUCUAGCCAAGCAAGUCAAGGAAAUUCACUCUCGCGCUGGGUUUGAGAUGACCAAUUGGGUUUCUAAUUCUCCAGACGUACUUGUAGCUCUGGACGCAUUAGAGGUUCCCGAAAAGAAUUUGAACACGACAAUCGAAGUGGCCAAUGAAAAGGUGCUUGGGAUGUGGUGGUCGACGGAAUCAGAUGUUUUUACCUACAAACUAUUCCUGCAACGCAACAAGGACAUCCUUUCUGGAACGCGACGCCCCACUAAAAGGGAGCUUUUGAGAACCAUGAUGAGUGUUUAUGACCCUCUCGGUCUCAUCGCACACUAUUUGAUGUUUUUGAAGAUGAUUUUGCAGGAGAUCUGGCGGUCUGGAGUGAACUGGGAUGAUUGUAUUGCUGAGCGCGAGUGGGAGAAAUGGAAGAUUUGGUUGCAGUUUCUUCCCUCGCUUGAAAGUUUACGGAUUCCCCGCUGCUACCGUCUGAAAACAUCAGUUAACUCUUCCGUCCAACUCCACACAUUCGUGGAUGCUAGCGAAAAUGGAUAUGCCGCUGUAUGCUAUUUCCGGUUUGAAGAGGAUGGUCAAGUUGAAUGUACGCUGAUUGGAGCUAAAAGUCGUGUCGCACCACUCAAGUUUGUAUCUAUACCGCGCUUGGAAUUACAAGCCGGUAUCAUCGGGGCUCGAUUAGCAAAAGCUGUAGAACAAGGCCAUACGUACAAAAUAUCGAAGCGGUUCUUUUGGACUGAUGCUCGCAACGUUUUGUGUUGGUUGAACUCCGAUCAUCGAAGGUACAGCCAAUUCGUUGCCUUCCGUGUGAGUGAGCUGUUGGAAACAACGGACGUUACCGAAUGGCGAUGGGUGCCAACCAAGUUGAACGUGGCCGACGAAGCCACAAAAUGGAAAUGUGCACCGAGUCUUAAGUAUGAUAGUCGUUGGUUCAAUGGCCCCGAAUUUUUGCUGCAACCAGAAGAAGACUGGCCGAAGCUUCCAGCUUUAGAAUCCUCCAACGAAGAACUCCGUCCUAAUUUAUUACACCACCAUGACGUUGAUAAUUGGGUAGUUACACCCGCCAACUUUUCAAGUUGGAAGCGCUUGCUUCAUACCGUGGCAUUUGUAAUGCGAUUCCCAAGGAAUCUGAGCAGAAAGAAAGUGGCAGAAACACCUGCUGUCGGUCCCUUGUGUGCGGAGGAAUUAACCGACGCUGCGAAUUACAUCUAUCGUCGAGCUUAAGAGAACAUUUACGGAGAGGAAAGAAAGUUGCUUGCUAAACCCAAUCGGGCUAAUGGUGCUCCGAUUCUUCCCAAAAGCAGCCCUCUCUACAAAGUUGAACCGUAUCUUGACGAUGCUGGUGUAAUGCGUAUGCGUGGUCGCAUCGGCGGGUGCGAUUUAAUUGAUGAGUCUACAAAACAUCCAGUUAUCCUCCCUCGAAAACAUCAUAUCACCUCUCUAAUCAUCCAAAAAACUCAUGAGGAAUUUCAUCAUCAGUGCCAUCAGACUAUUUUGAACGAGAUCCGGCGCAGAUAUUACAUUCCACGGUUGCGGACAGUGUACAACAAAACUCGUCGGGAUUGCCAGAAAUGUAAAAUUAUGACAGCUAAGCCACAUCCUCCUCCCAUGGCCGACUUACCAAAAGCUCGUCUCGCCGCCUUUGUUAGGCCGUUUUCAUACUUAGGUAUUGAUUACUUUGGUCCGAUGUUGGUGGUUGUUGGUCGCCGUGUCGAAAAGCGCUGGGGCGUACUAGCCACUUGUCUGACUACUCGAGCAGUACACAUCGAGCUAGCUCACUCAUUAACAACGGACUCCUGCAUAAUGUGUCUGCAAAACAUAAUAGCGCGACGUGGAACUCCUAUCGAGAUCAUAAGUGAUCGCGGAACAAAUCUGACCGGUGCAAGUAAAGAACUCAAAGAAGCUUUAGGAAAAGUAGACGAAGAUCGUUUAAUAAAAGAGUUCACAACAGAUAACCUCAAAUGGGUCUUUAAUCCACCUGCUUCCCCUCAUAUGGGGGGAAGCUGAGAAAGACUGAUACAAUCAGUGAAAAAGAUUUUGACCAGCAUUCUCCCAACUCAACGGCUGCCUACCGAUGAAGUACUGAGAAACGCUCUUGUUAUGAUAGAAAAUAUAAUUAAUUCGCGCCCUUUGACCUACGUACCGGUUGAUGAUGAUGCAGCCCCGGCACUCACUCCUAAUAGUUUUUUGCUUGGAUCCACAGAUGGCUCAAAACCUUUAGUACUUCACAAUGACAGCGGCGUAGCUCUCCGAAGUGCCUGGAAAUCAUCACAAAUUUUGGCAAAUAUGUUUUGGAAGAAAUGGCUAGAAGAGUAUCUUCCUAAAAUAACCAGGAGAAGUAAAUGGUUUACGGCUGGUCGUUAGAUUCAGAUUGGAGACAUCGUGAUUGUUGUGGACCCAAGUUUCCCAAGAAAUUGUUGGCCCAAAGGCAGAAUUAUCGCGACGAAGGUAUCCAAAUAUGGUCAAGUUAGAUCAGCGACGGUGCAAACAGCAGCAGGCAUUUACGAGCGCCCGGCAGUCCGCCUGGCAGUGCUGGAUGUAGGUGCAGAUAGAAGUGACCAGGAUCAGGAUCCAAUCACUGGGGGGACUGUUGCGACACCCCUAGUGUAGCAACGCACCUUCUAACCAGCUACUUGAUUUAAAUGACAUUUUCAAACCUUAGUUAGAUUGUCUUGAUUGAGUUGACAGAUUACAAAAAAAGACAAAAGAGAGUUAGGAAAACGUGGAUCCAUACUUAUUGAAUAAGAUUUCUAUUACUAUUCUAUUAUUGUUAAUUCUAUUAAAACUAUUGUUAUUAAAAUUACUUCGAAGCUUAUCGUACAGGUUCAUUGAUCGAACACUCAGAUUUACCAGGCAUCAAUUAUCGAGAGGCCGAAGAAUUUGAGGUACACUGUGAAUAUAUCCUCAGCUCCGGGAACUUAUCCCUAAAGUCCCACGGAACAUACAAACGAAAAUUUUAACUCUUUAAUAAAAGAUCGAGCUACGAUUUCGGAAACCGUUUCGUUUGUUGCACUCUGCAACAAUACAUGACUUUGGUCAAAUCGUGUGUUGAAACCAUCGUAAAUAUACAAAACUCCAACAUUCUUACCAUAUACUGACGACAUUCAAU